AUGGAAGAAAAGUUCCAGAACUUACCGGUGCUGUCUCGGUGGCCGAGUGAUGCCCAUGCCCCUCCGGACGCUCCCGUCGAUCCCAUCCCGCCCUACCAUGAAGUCCCUCCAGUGCCAGUUCCAGCUCCAAUUCCAGCUCCAAAUGCCGCCCCAGCUCAAGCCUACGCGCCAGCUCCAACACAACCUCCAGCACAACCUCCAGCUCCAGUUCCAGCACAACCCCCCAAAGCAACCCGCAAUGCCCCCGCCAAGGUCCGCAAACCCCGCAAGGCAAACACAAACGCCUCAGGGAAGUCAACCCUAUUCUGGGUCAACAGCGAUCCCCAGACAGCAGCAGAAGGCACAAAAGAAGAAACGCUCAAGAGCAUCCGGUCACAUGUGAUGUCCGAGCAUAACCGCAAAAAGCGCAUGGAAAGCACGAAGCAAUACAAUAAAGAUAAAUGGAGGCAGACGCCAUACCAGACACCCGCUGGCGCGCUUGCCUCGGCCGGACCUGGCUCUGGCUCUGGAGUUAGGGUUGGAGUUGGACCUGCGCGCGCAUCGAUCAGUUCUUCCGCUAGUCUUUCUGGGAGUCAUAUCUCUGACGAGACGGAGCUGGAGCAGGUUGGCAGGAGUAAUGCGCUUGUUGCGUCGUCUGCUGGUUAUCCUGUAGUCUCGGGGUCGUCGGCGUCGUGGGAUGGAGGGUAUGGCGGGGCGGCUGCUUAUCCGUCUAUAUGGUCGCGAGUUGGGCAGGGUGCUAAUGAUCCGUUUAAUACUGGACAUACGCAAUUGACAGAUCGGAUGAUGAGGCAUUUGAGGGUUUUCUUAUGGGAUCUCACGCAAGAAGCGCAUCCAUUGCAGAUGCGGUAUAAGCCUAAGCUGCAGGCGCAUUGGGCGUCUCUGAUCCAGCGGGAUCCGGCUAUUCUCCAUGCGACGAUCUGUAUGGCGACGUCUAAUGAUGCUAUGCGUGCUGGCGAGUUGCCUAUUCGAGACCCGAAUCAGAAGAGGAGCCAGUUGGUUAUUGAUACCUUCCACCAUCGGGGUGAGACGAUUCGAUUGGUUAACGAGGGCUUAUCCGACCCUGUCAAGGCAUCUAGUGAUGUUCUGAUUGCUGCCGUUUCAACCCUGUUGACGAUUGAAAUCGCAUCGGGGAACCCUGAUUAUCUCAAAAUCCAUCUAGCAGGACUGCGACAGAUGAUCGCACUGCGAAAGAACUUUGACGAUGUCCCCUCGGACGUCCGGUUCCAAAUCUCAUGGACCGACAUCCGCGUCGCCUGCAUGGCCCACGCCAAACCAAUCUUCCCCUUCGUGCGGUACACCCGCCCAGCCCAUUUCUCCCUAAUUCCCCCAAACGACGACGUAGCCCUCCUAGCAACGCGCCUCUUCCCACUUCUCAAAAUCCCUGGCAUAUUCGGCGAAGCCAUGCCGCAGAUAACAUACGACCUCCUAGAACUAUCCUGGUACGCAGAAUGGAUAAAAGGAAAAACAGGCUACAAAGAAUUCAACGAAGAAACCGAAGACUACUUCAACACAGAAGUCCUCUACGUGGAAUACAUGCUCCACACAGACCGCUACACACCAACGGGCCAAGUAAAAGGCGACAACUCAAUCGAGGGCUGCACCCGUCUCGCCUGCCUCCUCUUCCACAACAGCGCCAUCUGGAGCUUCUACCCCAUGGUCGCGCAACUCCUGCCCAAACCAAUUCUCGCGCUGCGCGCUGCUCUCGCUGCUACCAUCCCCAUGGGAUUGUUUGCACUUUGUCGGGAUCUGCUUAUCUGGCAGCUUUUCAUGGGUGCCGUCUGCAGUGCGACUUUACCUGCCGAGCGGGUCUUUUUCGUUUCGGAGUUGGCUGCUGCGGUGCGGUUGCAGGGGAUUUCGACGUGGCAGGAGGCUAGGGCGCUCUUGUUGGGCUUUUUCUAUGUCGAUCGUGUGCAUUUGUCUAUGCUGAGGCAGGUUUGGGAUGAGGUUUUGGUCCAGGGUCAGGUGGAGCCGGCUUGA